AGAACGCGGGGUCUUCUCCGGCUUGGAUUGAAACAGCGUUCGCGUCUACGGGCGCGGUUUUGUGUCUCGCGCUGGCGUUUUACACAGUAAAAUGUCCUCCCUCGAUUAUCUGGACCUGUGUCGAUUAUGUCUUGUGAAGGACCGUGUUUCGGUGCCAAUUUUCGAGGGUGAGGGAGACGUACGGCAGAUAUUUCUCAAGAUCGCCGCCUGCCUACCGGUCAAGGUUACAAGAGAAGAUAAGUUACCCAAAAAAAUAUGCGACGAUUGUGUGUAUAAAGUAGAAUUAUUUUAUCAAUUUUGGAAUACAACUGUAAACGCGGAGAAACAACUUCUACAAUGGCUAGGAGAAGUCAGUUUAGAAGACAAACAGGGAUAUGUUACCAAUGUUCUCAAUCCGAGUGUAAUGAAACAAGAACAGAAUACAGAGAACAGGUUAGAUGGCAAUGUGAUGCAGCAAGUAGGAGAACAUCAGAACAAUAUGGGGAUGGGUAUGAUGGACAACAUGGGUUUGGGUAUUCCCAUGAUAAUAUCCAGUGCUAAUCAACAACAAAUCACCUCAGUUCCUAUGGACACAAGCGGUAAUUCUGUACAAACCGUUCAGGCAGUGCCUGGUCCAAGUUCACAAACGACACAUAACCAAAUACCGCAAAAUCAAACAAGUUCUACGCAACAAGAAGAAGAAGAGGAAAGUAGCGAAGAUGAAGAAAACUCUGAUGAAGAGUGUGAUGGAGAUGAAGGCCUACCUGUAAAAGAAGAAAGCGAAGAAGAUCCCAGCAAUAGAACUAUAGAGCCUACAACUUUUGUAAAUGUUUCCCUGGCAUGCGAUGAAGCAGGUCCUUCAGGAUUACAACAACAGAAAAUCUCAGAUAUACCUGAGAUGCCAAUGCCACAGCCAGCUGAUGGGGAUCCCAAAUCUGGAUAUUUUGUGUCAAAGCUUGAGAUGCUACCUCAGGAUCAGCAAGACUGCGGCCCGAAUGAUGAGAUAUUCGAUCAGGAAGAUACAGAGCAGCUGCUGAUCACGAAUCGGUUGCACGUACCGAAGAUGGAAAACGCAGACAUAAUCAUCUCCGAUGGUAUCGUGCAGUGCAACCUCUCCGGAGAUGGUUUCGUUUCCGAUCACGCUCUCGCUCUGCACUUAAAAAUGCACGAACAGGACGAGGUACAAUUACAAGACGACCAGCUUGUCUGUGAGCACUGUGGCUGCAGUUUCGCUACGGUAUCCGCGUUGAAGGAUCACCAAUUAGAGCACGAGGCGAACGAAAGUUACGCUUGCGAGACGUGUGGCUAUAUUACCGAUCAUCGGGAGAGCCUGAUAGCUCAUGAGAAGCGGCACAAUAUCAAGUACGAGUGCGAGAUCUGCGGUGCGGGUUUCGUUUCUUCCACUAGCUACGAGGAGCAUCAGUCCAUGCAUUCGCUCGAGAAACCUUUUCAAUGCGAGAUCUGUAGCGCCCCGUUUCGUUAUCGUCAAGGAUUGAGGUUGCACGCCAAGCUUCAUCAGCCUGACUACGUGCCUCCUCAGAGAAAGCAUCACUGCGAGCUCUGUAAUAAACGCUUCUCCAGGAAGCAGGUGCUGCUGGUCCACAUGAAGACGCACGGUAACGCGGGAACUCAGAACGAAUAUAUUUGCCCAGUUUGCGGCAAGGCUGUGUCCAGUAAGACCUAUUUGACUGUACAUUUGCGUAAGCAUACAGGAGAGAAACCACACGUCUGCGAUCUCUGCGGUAAAGGAUUUAUCUCGCAGAACUAUCUAAGCGUGCAUCGACGCACGCACACGGGAGAAAGACCGCAUAAGUGCACUCAUUGCGAGAAACGGUUUACCCAGCGAACCACUCUGGUGGUGCACCUCAGAGGCCACACCGGCGAUCGACCGUAUCCCUGCACGUGCUGCCAUAAAUCUUUUGCCUCGAAAACCAUGCUGAACUCGCACCUCAAGACGCACGCUAAGCAGAGCGCGCGUCAGCAGCAAGAGCAACAGCAGCAACAGCAGUUGCAGCAGGAACAGGAGGUCCAGCACCAAGAACAAGCUAUUAACUUUUUGUGCCUGGAGUACGAGGAAACGAAAAUAGAACCGAUAGAUACGCUGGAGGAUAUGGAACUGGUCAAGUACCAAAAUGACAUUUGCACGACCGAAGAGUUCGAACAGAUCAGCCAUCAGGAAAUAGUGACCGAAACGUUAGAGUAUACCGAUGAGACAGAAGUGAAGCUGAUCGAAGAACAGGAGGAGCAGGUAGAGGACAUUAACAAAGAUUUUCACAGGAAAUGUUUGGUGAUCUAUGAGUGCGAUAUCUGCAGCAAGAGGAUGCGGAAGAAGCUUCAGUUUCUGAAGCACAGGCAGGACCACGAGAGGAACAACGAGGAGAUGAGUGGUCGUUGCGUGGAAUGUGACAAAACGUUCACGGAUGAGGAGAAGCUGAAGAAGCACAUGAUCAAAGUGCAUCAAAAGGAGAAGCCGUUUCAGUGCGUGCUCUGCAAUAAAUGCUUCAAAACGGAGGAGUUCCUGAAGACGCACUUGAAACAGCACAACAAGCGUUUCACUUGUGAUAUCUGCGGUAUCUCAAAGGUGUCUGGCUACGAUUUGCGUCUGCACAAGAAGAAACACAACGAAGAAUACGUGACCCACUGCGAGAUCUGUGGCAAAGGCUUCUACACGAAUCAGACCCUUGAGAGACACUUGCUCACCCAUACAGGGCAGAAACCGUUUGUCUGCAAAGUGUGCAAUACCCCUUAUGCGAGUGCUGCUUAUCUGAACACGCACAUGAAGUCUCAUGGUGAGAGGGAGAAACAUAAGUGCAAUAUCUGCAACUUCGAGAGCUACUGGAAAGCAGCUCUGAAAGUGCAUCUUAAGAUACACACCGGCGAGAACUUAAUCACCUGUGAAAUUUGCGGGAAAUCAGUCUCUAGUAAAGCUUACCUGCAAAUACAUAUGCGUAUACAUUCAGGUGAGAAACCGCACGUCUGUGAAGUAUGUGGCAAAGCCUUUAGCGUCCGGAAAUAUUUGAUUGUACACUUGAGAACGCACACGGGUGAAAGACCGUAUGAGUGUAAGGUGUGCCAGAAAAGGUUCACGCAACAGGGUUCUUUGAACUCACAUAUGAAAUCGCAUAAUGAAAGAAACCUUCAGGACCAAUCGACGAACCGACCAUACGAAAUUUCGAAAAGUUGCCGCGAAAUCGAAAAUCCAAUCUUGAAUUCACACGCGGAAGACCAGAAAGGAACGACGAAAAAAGAGGCAAUCAUCGAAGGAAAGAACUGCAGUUCCUCUGACCAAACCUCGAGGCAAACUUUCUAUCAGUGUGAAGUGUGUAAAAAGCUUUUCAGGACAAAGAACCUGUACGAGGGCCAUCUGGUGUCGCAUAGCGAUGCUCGACCCUAUCAGUGCGACAUCUGCGCAAAGUCCUUCAAGAGGACCAACACUUUAGCCGUCCAUAGAAGAAUCCACACCCGGGAAAGGAACUUCGUUUGCGACGUGUGCGGGCACGCGUUCGUUCAGGCCUUCCAAUUGACCACCCAUCAGAGACGCCAUUUCGACAAGUACACGAGAUACUGCGAGGUCUGUAAAAAGGGAUUCUUCACGAAUGCCGAACUACACGGUCACAUGAACGUGAAGCACGGAGCCAAAGAACACGUAUGUCACUCAUGUAACAAGUCUUUUCCUAAUAAUCAUACCUUGGUGAAGCAUCUGAAGGUCCACGAUCCGAAUUUCAAGCCUGUGAAGCAUCAGUGCGAGUUCUGUGGUAAGACGUUCGUGUACAAGAAUUCUCUGGUGUUCCACGUGAAGUCACACAUGGGUGAAAACAAGCACGACUGCCAUCUUUGCGGUAAAUCGGUGUCUUCCAAGGGAUCUCUGCAGGAUCAUCUGCGACUGCACAGCGGAGAGAAGCUGCUGAUCUGCGACGUCUGUGGUAAAGCCUUUCGCAAAAGGAGCACCUUGGUAGUUCACAAAAGGACCCACACGGGAGAGAAACCGUAUACCUGUGAUACAUGUGGGAAAUCGUUCACGCAACACUCCACGUUGGUCAUUCACAAACGUUAUCACACCGGUCAGAGACCGUAUCAGUGCGAGUUUUGUAACAAAUCGUUCGUUUCCAGGUCGUCGUUGAAUGCUCACAAUAAAGUGCACACGGUGAACGUCACCACGGUGGACCAAACGGAGUGAUUGUACAAGGACUUCUUUUUUAGUAAUUUUUGACAAUAAAAGGCGGGAUAUUUGUAAAGGAAAAGAAAGUCAAGUAAAAUGGACUUUGAGCUCGCGCGAGGUCUUAGAUGAAACGAAAGGUCGAAAUUUUAGACGCUACUUUCAUACCUGAUUGUAAAUUUAUUUUCAUUCAUUUUCCAUUGCAUAUGAUCGAGCUUAGAUUUGAUAUGCAAUGAGGUGAAUCCGUGAAUAAAACGGAAAUUGAU